UUGAACAAUGACUGCUAGAGAUAGACAUUUCUACGAUAUUCCUCUCGUUCAAGACGUAGGAGACCAAAAUCAAACGUCAAACGAAAAGGAUGUCUUAUUAAAAUAUAUCAAUAGUAAUUUGAUUGGAAAUGGAAAAGCGUUUAGUGGUCCUUUCGGACUAAGAAAAGUUCUUUACUUGGAUUACACUGCAUCUGGAAGAUCACUUGAGUUUAUAGAAGAUUAUAUCCGGGAUGAAGUUCUGCCUGAGUAUGGGAACACACAUACAACCACCACUGUCACCUCGCUGCAGACAACACUUUACAGGCAUGAGGCAAGAGAUAUAGUGCGCAAUGCUGUGCAUGCCAGUGAACACGACGCAGUGAUCUUUGUGGGCAGUGGGACAACUGGAGCUGUACACAAACUUAUACACUGUCUAAAUCUUGAUCAUAAACCAGUAGUGUUUGUCAGCCCCUAUGAACACCACUCAAACCUCCUGCCUUGGAUUGAAGUAGGAGCUAAGGUAAUAAGAGUGAAGGCCAAUAAGGAAGGAUGUCUGAGUAUGAACCACCUGGAGACUCUGCUCAAGCGAUGGUCGGGCACUGGGCGUCAAAUGAUUGGCUGUUUCUGUGCAGCAUCCAAUGUGACUGGGGUGCUGGUGGACGUUGAUCCAGCCACAGUUCUCCUGCACAAGCACGGAGCUCUCGCCUUCUGGGACUACGCUACUGCUGCUCCCUAUGUUAAAAUUGACCUGAAUCCUGUGAUUGCAGGACCAGACCAGCCAUACCUGUCCAAAGAUGCUGUGUUCAUAUCUUGCCAUAAGUUUGUUGGGGGCGUGCAGACACCUGGUGUGCUGAUAGCGAAGAAGAAGCUGUUCAAGAACACAGUGCCAGACGGGUGUGGCGGGGGAUCUGUCUUCUUUGUACGUCGUGAUGGUCAUCGGUACCUGCAGGAGCCAGAGUUGAAGGAAGAGGGCGGGACACCAGCCAUUGUUGAGGCUGUUAGGGCCGGGCUUGUAUUCCAGCUGAAGCAUGCCGUCACACCAGACCUCAUCAUGCAGAGGGAGGAGUACAUGCUCAGGAGAGCAAAGAAGGCAUGGCAAGAUGUCCCUAACCUAGUGUUGCUAGGUAACUCUGAAGCCCCGAGACUUCCGAUAUUCUCCUUCCUGAUUCUUCACGAAGAGACUGGUCGGUUUCUCCACCACAACUACAUUACUGCUCUGCUCAACGAUCUGUUUGGUAUCCAGGCCAGAGGAGGAUGUGCAUGUGCAGGGCCGUACGCCAUGGAUAUCCUGGGAAUGGACGAGGCUACAAGCAAAAAUUUUGAGGAUCUUCUGGCAGAGGACAGUCGACUGGACAGAACCCAUUUAAGGAGAUACAGAGAAUAUUCUCAACGAGAAAUCAUCAGGCCUGGGUUUGUGCGGAUAAACUUUCCCUACUUCCUGGAUGAAGAAAGUCUGAACUUUACACUGGAGGCGGUGAAAAUGGUUGCCAAACAUGCAUGGAAACUACUGCCUCAGUACAUGUUUAACCCAGAGACAGGAGAAUGGAGGCAGGUCAAUUUCCAGGUGUUCAAGGAUCGCAAGUGGCUGGGCCAUAUAUCGUACAGCUCAGGAGAGAUGACAUACAAAGUGCCACCCCUUGUGGAAAAAGGACCACUGCCUGAAAACCAUGAGGAUUGCCUAAAGAGAGCAGAGGAAUUGUUCAUGCAAGCAGCAAAGGUCAAGCACCAGUUGACUGAUCACACAGUUAUGUUUGAUGAGGACUCCAAGCCUCUAAGGUGGUUCCUGCUUCCAAGUGAGGCUGCUUCCUGUCUACAGGGGAACCAAUCCCAGAAUUCCUACACUCUACCCUUCUGUCCUCCUUCAGUUAGAGAACAGUUGGGAUUAUCUCCCUUUGAAGAGCAUAACAGUGAUGAAGAACCAUCAGAAAAGGAUAUGAGGAAAAACAACAUGUUGAGAAAUGUUUUUUAUACAUUUGAUGAAGGUGAAGUAAGUGAAAAUGUGGGAAAGGUUAGUGAUAGAAAAUUAGCAAAGAAUGAACAUUCUGAUAACACCAAAACAUCAAAAGAAUCAGGGAAUUCUCCCAGUUCAAGCUCCCCAGAAAGGUCAGAGACGGAGAAAGGUGAGUCAGGGAUAUGUGCAUUGAAAUCUGUGGAUAAGUUGAACAAUAGUCAGAACUGUGAUAAAAGUGAAAAAGUAGACAAGGAUUCUACAGACAUUUGUGUGAGAAAAAGAGCAGGCAGUGAAAAUGUUGUUGGUAAUAGUAAAAGACAGAAGGACGUGGCAGAGAAUGAUGGUGCUGGAGGGAAUAAGGGCAAACAGAAGAAGAAAGGAGGACAGCAGUGGUUUUCUCCACCCAAAUCCAUCUUUACACCAUUCCUCAAGGCCAUGGAAGAGUAUGGCAUGUUGGUGGAUGGAGACAGGGUUCUGGUGUGUCUCAGUGGAGGCAAGGACUCCCUCUCUCUCCUCCACACCAUCAGACAGUACCAGUUCUACUGCAGGAAAAAGAAAAUGAGUUUUGAUAUAGGGGCAGUGACUGUGGACCCACAGACCCCUUCAUAUGACCCCAGCCCUCUCAAGAAAUACCUGGCCAGUCUAGGAGUGCCUUACUUCUAUGAGUCACAGUGUAUAAUGGAUCAGGCGUCAAACCUGCCAUACGAGUGUGCCUCAAUCUGCAGUUUCUGUAGUCGCAUGAAGCGGGGCAUUAUUUACGCGUGUGCACGCAGGGAGGGGUACAAUGUGCUGGCACUUGGCCAACAUCUAGACGACCUCUGUGAGAGCUUUUUGAUGUCCAUAUUCCACAAUGGCAACCUGAGAACAAUGAAGGCUCACUAUACUGUAGAGGAAGGAGACUUGCGAGUGAUCAGGCCUUUAGUGUAUGUCAGAGAGAAGGACUUACGAGAGUUUGCAGAAACAAACAAGCUUCCAGUGAUAGCGGAGAACUGCCCAGCAUGUUUUGAGGCCCCGAAGGAGCGUCACCGUAUCAAGCAGCUGCUUGCCUCACAGGAGAUCAUGUUCCCACGGAUCUUCCCGAGCCUCAACGCUGCAAUCAAACCCAUCAUGGCCAUCAACAGGACGCAGCUCAAGCUAGCCGAUAUUCUCCAGGCUGCAGAUGGGGAUGGGGAUGAUAUGGACAUCUGAUUGUUACAAGUAUUUUCAAUUAUCCUAUGAUGUGUUAUUUUGGAUGAUAAAUAAAAGACUUAGACAUUGGGGUUCUCAUGUGAUCAUUUGGUUUGUUCGCUAUAUAUAUUUAUGUACAUAGUAUGCUGAAAUAAAAAUAUAAAACUUUUGAAAAACUGUAUAAUAUUGACCUCUUAUACUAAAAAUUAAAAAUACUACAAAUUGACUGAAAGUGACACAGACAAACCCUUCUUAUAGUUACGCUAGCAAGACUGAAGCAUAUAGCUCUCCAGCAAUAGGUCAACAUAAGAAAGUCAUGUUUUAACAACUAUUUUAAAAUCCAACCACGAGACACCCUAAAUGGCUAUAUGUCAAGUUAUUGGAUUAUUGGACCUUGAUUCAUGGUGGUUUGAACAGAAUCCAUGUUGCCUGUAUGAAAAGAACAUAUGGCCCAAGUUUCAUUAAAAUCCUUCAAAGGGUGUAAGACAGAUGGAGAGGAAUCAAAAUCACAGCACAAAACAUUGACCUUGUACUUUAACCUUGACCUGGUGAGGGUCCAACAUGGGUUUUGAAUGUCCCCUUGAUGAGAAAAUCACGUAACCAAAGUUUUAUUAAAUUGUUUCAGGGUUGUAGGCAGUACGUCAACCAUACUUUAGUCAUUCAGUACCGAACAGUUAUUUAGUUUUUAACAGUGACCUUGGCCCUAGGGACCCCAUAAACUCUUCCUAUUUACCAAGUUUGGUCACAUAAUAACUAAAAUCUAUCAAUGACCAAUAUUUGUAUUUAUGGUUAAUACCGAAUUCUGUAAUCUAAUUGUGUGAUAGCAGUUACCAACCGUGUGAUGUAUUAAGUCAAUAGAAUGAAAUGUAUAGAAGUUAUUAGUGAAUGUCCAAACUUGCCCUUAAUCUUCACCUGGACACAAUGAGCAGAUUGUUAAGAAAUUUGUUAAAGUAAACAAUGUUGUUAACUUCGUCGUUGUUUACCGCUGUAAAGGUUGAAUGGUUACACUAGUAAUCU